AAAUUUAAUACUUGUAAACCAAUACCACCAUUUAUUGUUAAUAAAUACAAUGUUUCAAAAUAUUUUAAAAUAUUUAUUGUUUUUAUUAUUGAAUUCAGGUUUAAUAGUAAAAGCUUCAAAUCCAUGUUCAUUACGUACAAUAACGGGUGCGGAUAGUGUUUGUGUCUGCAAUCAGACCUAUUGUGAUGACUUUCCACCAAUAGUUUCACCUAAAACUGGUUAUGCAUUGAUCUAUGAAAGUGGCAAAACUGGCAAACGAUUCGCUGAGACACAGAUCCCAUUUAACCAUACGAUGCCAUUCAAUGCAAACCUAAUUCAAACAAUAACUAUAGACCGAAACCAAAAAUAUCAGAGUAUUAUUGGUUUUGGUGGCGCUUUUACUGAUGAGUUCGGUAUGGUUUUGAAUGGUCUUCCCAAAGAGCUGUCACAAUAUUUGAUGGACAGUUAUUUUAGCAAAAAUGGUAUUCAAUAUAAUAUGGGAAGAGUGCCGGUGGCCUCUACUGACUACUCGGCCCACUAUUAUUCAUACGAUGAUAAACUCAAUGAUAAACAACUCAAUCAUUUUGCAUUGACUAAGGAAGACUUAGAAUUGAAAAUACCUCAUAUCAAAACUGCUCAAAACUUGAGUACAUCACCGCUUAGACUAUUUGGUAGCGCAUGGGUUGCACCCGAUUGGAUGAAAACAGAUCCGAAAUCGCAAUUUCCUAAUCAACUAAAGGGUGACACAGGAGGAGAAUAUUAUGAUAUUUUCGCCAAAUAUUUAGUGAAAUUUUUAGACAUAUAUAAACAACAUAACAUAACAAUGUGGGGACUGACCACUCAAAACGAGCCCACUUGGGGCCGCAUAUUCAUACCCAACGAUUUGUAUUUUGAUCCAAAUAUGCAACGAGUGUUUGUCGGCAAAAAUCUUGGACCUCAACUCUUGAAGUCGGGCUAUACUCCGGAUAAACUAAAACUUAUGAUAUAUGACGACAACAUUUACCAGACGACUGACUGGCACCACACACUUCAACAGUUUGCAGACCAAGUAUUCAACGACAAAAUUGCUGAACCAUUUGUUUCGGGAAUGGCUUACCAUUGGUACGAAAGUUCCCGUACUGAUGGUUAUCCUGAUAUUGUUUUGGAUGAACUAAAUAGUAAAUAUCCGAAUAAGUUUAUGUUAAUGACUGAGGCCUGUCAUUUGGAUGGAUUGGGUAAUGGGCGCUGGGAUUUUGGGGAACAUUAUGCACAUGAUAUUAUUAGGGAUUUAAAUCACUGGACUAUUGGUUGGGUUGAGUGGAAUAUGGCAUUGGGUUUAAACGGUUGUCCCCGUUGUGGUCCAAAUCAAUGUGGAACAGCUAUUGUUGUGGACAUUGAGAAAGGAGAAGCUUAUAAACAGCCGACUUUUUAUAUUAUCGGACAUUUUAGUAAAUUUAUAAAACCUGAUUCCGUCCGAAUUGCACACCAAUUGUCUGAUAAUAUAAAUAACUUAUUUAUUUUAUCAAUCAUACGACCAGACAAUGGAGUGGUUGUGGUUGUGCUCAACCAAAAUGAUUUAGACAUUGACUUAAAAAUCAAUGACAAAAACAAUGUAUUAAGUUAUACAAUACCAGCCCGAACUAUACAAACUUAUAUUUGGUGGUAAUUAAUAAAAGUACAUUCAAUUUAAUUUACAAAUAUUUUAUAAGUAUCAAUGAAUUAUAGUAUAAAAUUAAACUUUAU